AUUCAUCGCAGAUUUUUGGUCGCAUAGCUUGCUGCAACUUUCGAAGUGCGUCAAUUUUAAUUGCCAGUGGCGGAAAGUCAUUGCACUCUUGACAUAGGAAUAUUUGUUGACACAUCGAAAUCGCUCAUGCAGAUUAUAAAUAACAGCAUGGCAGUGAGAGAGAAAGUUCACAGUUUACGGUUUAACCAAGAUCAUGGUUGCUUUAUAUGUUGUAUGGACUCAGGCGUUCGUAUAUAUAAUGUUGAACCUCUUGCAGAAAAAGCACAUUUACGAGAAAAUGUGGUUGGUAGCAUUGCACAUGGAGAAAUGCUGCACAGGACUAACUUAUUAGCCAUGGUUGGAGGAGGAGCUGUUCCAAAGUAUGCUGAUAAUACAGUCCUUAUAUAUGAUGACUUGAAGUCAACGUUGCUGUUGGAAUUUACUUUUGCAGUGCCAGUUUUGGCAGUAAGACUAAGAAAAGACAGAUUAGUGGUGGUUCUUCGCAGACAGAUUCAUGUAUUCACAUUUCCACAUUCUCCGCAUAGACUUUUCACUUGUGAAACGCGUGACAAUCCUUUAGGGCUUUGUGAAGUUUCACCGUUUGCAUCCGCAGACAAACACAUACUUUGUUUCCCGGCACACAAGCUUGGGGCAGUGCAGUUAGUGGAUGUUUUAACUACAGAAUCAACUGUAUCUCAGGCACCUUUAACCGUCCAAGCGCAUAAAAGUGAACUGGCUUGCCUUAGUAUAAAUCGCGAAGGAACUUUUUUGGCAACUGCAUCUCACAAAGGUACUUUGAUAAGAGUAUGGGACACAGCUAGAAGAGUGUUGUUGGCAGAAUUGAGACGAGGGUCUGAUCCUGCUACCUUAUAUUGCAUCAACUUUAGUGGUGACAGCGAGUUUCUGUGCUGCUCUAGUGACAAGGGAACUAUCCAUAUAUUUGCUCUUAAGAAUACAAAGUUGAAUCGCCGGUCAACGUUUUCUGGCAUAGGAUUUCUAGGAGGUUACAUGGAAUCACAGUGGGCGUUAGCAAAUUUCACAGUACCUCCAGAAUGUGCUUGUAUAUGUGCCUUUGGUGUCAACUCUACUGUGUAUGCAAUAUGUGUUGAUGGAACAUUUCAUAAGUAUGUGUUCAAAGCUGAUGGCAUCUGCAAUAGAGAGUCAUUCGAUGUGUACCUGGAUCUAGUUGCUGACGAAGAGUUUUAAAGCUUAGUAUUUUUGUGUGAAUUUUGUCGAGAUCACUUGACAGUUAAGGAUCCUCAGUCCUUUCAAUUUUGAUGAAAAUUAUUAUUUAUUCUCUGGCUCAGAGGGUGGUUAUUGUGAUAUACAUUUAGCUGUUUUAUGGUCUUUUGCAGUUUCAUUACCAAAUUUUAUUUUUAUCAGUAGUAGUAUCCUGUUUGUACACAAGAGUCUUUUUGUAGAGGAUAAAUUCUGUUUGAAAUGCAGGCAACUAAAAACAACUGAGUAAGAGUAACAUUAGUGAGAUUAAAAAUGUGAUAGCUAUUAUUUGUGCAUUGAUUACAUUAAUUGACUUGAAACCUUUUUAUUUUAAACUGUCCCACAAAUGUUUGUGGAAUGCAUGAUGUUAACCAAUGAUAUCUGAAUAUUGAGAGAAGAAAAUAUAUAUAAGUUUCAUGAGUUUUCAUAAUGUUUUAUUUUUUAUUGGUAAUACCUACCUUGGUAAGCUUUAAUUUAAGUCUUAGGUAUAUCAUUGUACUUUUUGUUGGUUCUUUAGUCAUCAGAGAUUUAUUUCAUGAAAUGUAAAAAAAAUGUAAUAUUUUUAAUGAUUGCUUUAUGUUUUGCAUAUUGUACUUUUUACUUUGUAUUUAUCAGUGUUCAGGAUAAUUGAUAAAUGUGAAUUUAAGGAAAAUACAUUAUCUUUUCAGAUG